AUGGCGGGCGCCGUUUUUUCCUCCCAGCGAGGCGCGCCAAAAGGUCUGGCCAGAUUUGCCCGCUUCGAUGUGCCCCUCCUGCGGGCGGCCGAAUAUCGCGGCCACGAGGUCGAUCUUCUGCUGCUUGCAUGGGCCCUGCUGCUCUAUCGCUAUAGUAAUGGCAACCCCGUAGAAUUCACCUGGGGAAGAAAUGGCACCGCUGCUGAUUUCACCUUUAACUGUGGUACCUCCAACUUGAACUGGAGCUUGACCCAGACCAUUGAGAAGGCCUUGGAGGGUUUGCGAUCAUACCGAGAACAGAUUCAAGCCGGCAAAUUGGUGGAGCUGGAUAGUGCGAUUGUGUUCUUCAAUGAUGAGUGCGCCCCAACUGAUCUUCCCAGCAAUGCCUGGGUCAGUGACGGCGAUGCUCUUGGUGGUGGGAUGGCAUGGGGAAAUAUUCAACUCCAAGCAACCAUCUCAGAUGGCAGUCUGUGGUUGCGACCCUGCUGGCGCGAACCGCUCGGCGCAGAGUACCUUGCGACACACUAUGCGAACGCCCUGGUCGAAAUACUCAACACACUCGUCUCCGACCUAUCAAAACCUAUCUCAUCCGUGCUGGAACUGAGCGAGACUGACCGAUCUGAACUUUGGCGCUGGAACAAGGAUAUGCCUGCCACAGAAGAUGUCUGUGUACAAGACUUGAUAUUCGAGCAAGUCGAGAAGCAGCCGACAGCUCAAGCGAUCUGCUCAUGGGAUGGCAAUCUCACCUACGAGGAAAUUGGCCGAUAUGCAACUUUACUUGCCCACCACCUUGUUCGAAUAGGAAUGAAGACUGGCCAGAUUGUCCCCAUCUGCUUUGAAAAGUCGCGCUGGACAAUUGUCGCGGUGCUUGGUGUCUUGAGAGCCGGAGGCGCCAUGGUGCUGAUGGAUCCCAGCCAGCCUCUUGACAGACGCCACACGAUUGCCGAGCAGGUUGGCGCAACUUUGAUCGUGACAUCUCAGACACAUGCGCCCUUUGCCCCCAAGAUCGCACCAAGUGCCAAGGCGGUGGUCGUCUCCCAAGACACGCUGGACGAGCUAGCGGAACAGGCGACCAAGACCGCCAAGCCUGAACUUCCAGUCGUUCCUACCGACUCUAUUCUCUACUUAAUCUUUACUUCUGGAAGUACGGGUAAACCCAAGGGUGUCAUUAUCAAUCACCGUACUUACACCACGAGCGCGAUUGCGCGAAGUGCCGCUGUAGGCUAUACUGCCAAGUCACGAGUGCUUGAUUUCGCGUCAUAUGCAUUUGAUGUCAGUGUUGAUAGUAUGCUGUGUACGACGCUGCGCGGUGGUUGCCUGUGUAUUCCCUCUGAUGAGGACAGACUGAAUGAUAUCAGCGGUGUGAUUCGCCGGAUGGGAGUGACCAUGUCCAAUAUGACCCCGUCGGUCGCACGCAUUCUAGACUCCGACAUCAUUCCCUCUUUGGAUAGUCUUGGUCUUGGUGGAGAAUCAUGCUCUGUCGGAGACGUGUCUGAAUGGGGUCAGUAUACAAGAAUUGUGAUCGGAUAUGGUCCCUCAGAGUGUACAGUUGGGUGCACAAUCAACUCGAGUGCGGCAGGCAAACCAUAUGUCAGCAUUGGACCUGGCAAUGGAGGUAUCAUUUGGUUGACCGACCCAGAUGACCACAACAAACUGACUCCAAUUGGUGGUGUUGGUGAGCUACUGGUCGAAGGACCGAUUGUCGGUCAGGGUUAUCUGGGUGACCCCGAGAAGACUGCUGCCGCAUUUAUCGAGGACCCCGCUUGGCUCCUUGCCGGUAGCAAAGAAGUCCCGGGACGCAAAGGCCGAUUGUAUAAGACAGGUGAUCUGGUCCGUCAUGACCCAGACGGUGAACAAGGGUUUAUCUUUGUUGGCCGAAAGGACACACAGGUCAAGCUCCGCGGACAGCGCGUUGAGCUUGGCGAAAUUGAACAUCACCUGCGACGACUUCUCCCAUCGGGGACCGAUGUGGUCGCUGAGGUUAUUGCGCCACAGGGCCGGAGCACGGAGUCAAUGCUUCUUGCAUUCGUUGCAGACCCCAACGCCGAGAAGCCUCAAAAUGUUAAGGAUAAUGAGCUUCACCAGAUCGAGUUCUCUUCCGCAAUUCGUGAGAAGAUGACUGACCUCAGCGAGCAGCUGUCCAAAGCUCUCCCGAUCUACAUGGUUCCCUCGACCUAUAUUGGUAUCAAUCGUAUGCCAAUGCUUGUCUCAGGCAAGAUUGAUCGCAAGCUGUUGCGUGCGUUCGGAUCGCAGCUAACUCUGCAAUCCAACUCUGAAUCUUCCGGUGGGGAGAGCCAGGAGCCCACCUCGGAGACAGAGAUCUGCUUACAUGAAGUUUGGUGUCGUCUUCUGGGAUUGAAGGCAGAAGAAGUUAGCACUACUCACAAUUUCUUCAUUCUGGGAGGAGACUCUGUUCUGGCUAUGAAAUUAGUGCCCGCCGUUCGUGAGCAAGGAUUCGUGCUGACUGUGGCGGAUAUAUUCAGCUUCCCUGUUCUAUCAGACAUGGCACGAGCAAUGGAGAAGGAAGAGGCAAACUCGCAGGUCGAAGUUUCUCCGUUUUCCCUCAUUGACUUUGCCUGGGACCGUAAGGCCGUUUGUGAAGAGGCCGCUAACCAAUGCGGUGUUGAACUCUCUUCGAUCGAAGAUAUAUAUCCCUGCACACCUCUGCAAGAAAUUCUCAUGGCAUUUUCUGCCCGCUCCGCUGAGAGCUAUGUCGCGCAACGAAUUGCGGAAAUUCCCAAUGAAGAGACAGCUGACAAGUUGAAGGAGGCCUGGGAUGUUGUCAUCAAUGAUAGCGCGAUCUUGCGCACUCGUGUCGUCGAGUUCAAGGAGCACGGCUUCAUGCAAGUCGUCAUCACGGAUACUCCAGAGUGGCAGUCUAGCCAUCUGAGUCUUGAGGAGUUCCUGGUGGACGACCAAAAGACCCCGAUGUCUGUCAAUAUGCCCCUAAACCGGGUCUCAAUCGUCCACGAUGAUGCUGCGAGCAAGAUCUAUUUCGUCUGGACAGUUCAUCACGCCAUCUACGACGGCUGGUCGACAGACCUGAUGGUCGAGCAUGCAAAGAACGCCUACAAGGGCGUCCCUACUACCCGAUCAGCCGGGUUCAAGCACUUCAUUCAGUUCCUUGUCGAUCCUGCAAGAGAGAGCUCAAAAGACUACUGGCGUGUUCAGCUUCAAGGCGCAACCGGCCCCCAAUACCCAUCUCUACCAUCGCGCAUGUACAUCCCCGAGCCCAAUGCACUGGUUCAGCGAAUUGUCCCUGUAGAGCAGAUCUCACGCUCUAGCAUUACCACCGCGACUCUCAUCCGAGCUGCAUGGGCUCUCGUAGCCUCGCAGUACACCAUGAGUGACGACGUGGUAUUUGGCGAGACAUUUUCAGGACGAACACUUCGUCUUCCUGGCGUCGAGCAAAUCGAAGGUCCCAUGAUUGCCACAGUUCCCGUGCGCGUUCGUAUCGACCGAUCCGCACCCGUUCAGGAAUUCCUCCAAGGAAUCCAAGAGCAAGGCCUCGUCAGAGCCGCGCAUGAGCAUCUCGGUAUGCAAAACAUCCGCCGUGUCAGCGGUGAUGCUCAGUUGGCAUGCGAGGUGAAGAUGGGCUUGGUCAUUCAGCCUCGAUCAGCGGAAGCCUCAGAGGAAUCCGCUGAUGGGAUGCCUCCUUUCCGCGUUGAAGAUGCAGCUCACGAAGCGUUGCGCUUUAAUUCUUACCCGCUCAUGCUUGCUUGUUCGCUACGCUCCGACGGCUUCGAAGUUACAGCAAGCUUUGAUUCGAACCUCAUCACCGAGCCCCAGAUGCACCGUGUUCUCGCUCAACUUGAAUAUGUCGUUUCGCAGCUCUGCAGUGAUGAUACGGCUCAGCUGAGCAAUAUCACCUGCAUGAGCGAGCAGGAGCUUGCCGAAAUCUGGUUGAACAACAAGGUUCCGGUAUCUUCAGCGCCAGAUGUCGCUGGUGUACUACUCGAGGAGACGAGAGGACUUACAACAGGAGAUCAGUACAAGACGGCAUUUGUUCCCUGGAUCGUGAACCCCUCCAACCACAACCAACUAAUGCCAAUUGGGACCGUGGGUGAGCUCCUCCUGGAGGGCGUGGGGGAAGCCGCAAAUCUCGAUGCCCCCGAGUGGCUUUCCAAGGGAGCGGGCGAUGCUCAAGGCCGCAGCGUGAAGCUCUAUCAAACCGGCGACCUUGUCAAGUAUGCCGAUGACCAGAGCCUGAUUUUCAUGGGUCGUAAGGAGAGUCUCCGCAAGGUUGACGGCCAUGUUAUGGACCUUGCUGCAGUGGACCUUCAACUCCGACAAUGGCUACCGGAAAAUGCCCACUCGGCCAGUCAGCUUAUUGUGCCCAAGGACUCGGGCAAUCAAUCACCAGCACUGGUUGCAUUUGUGAGCGAGCCUCCUUCGAAGGAAGGCCGGGUAGUUGACCUUGGGCUCAAGAAUCUUAGCGCACAGCUUCCAGUGUCUAAUGUCAUCUCGUCCGAGCUGGCGGAUGCUAUUGUCAGCUUGAACAAGAAGCUCGCUGACGUCCUCCCUCCUUACAUGAUUCCUUCGAUCUACAUCCCUCUCGAGAAGCUGCCAUACCUCGGUGAACAGGUUGAUGUCGACUCUCUGAAGGCCAUGGCAGAGCACGUCACUCAAGAUUUGCUGUUGCAGCUGCGAACGGCUUUCACCAACCUCCGGUCAGGUCGGGCCAAGCAAAUGACCAUGAAAGAACGAACACUGCGUGGUCUUUGGGCCAAGUCCCUCGGCAUGGAAGAAGAGAAGAUGGCACUUGAUGACAACUUCUUCCGACUGGGUGGUGAUUCUAUCAUGGCUAUGAAGCUGGUUUCUGCGUUGCGUCUGGUGGGGUAUCAUCUGUCUGUGACGGAUAUCUUCCGCAACAUGCAAUUGAGUUCCAUGGCCGGCGCUUUAGAAGAGGUGCCUUUGAACGGCGAGCGAGUGGUCAAGGUAUAUAAGCCUUUCUCAAUGAUCAAUGUCAGUGAUCGUCAAGAAUAUUUGUCGAAGAACAUUGUUCCCGCCCUUGCCGAUCCAGCAUGGGAUAUUGAAGAUGUGCUUCCCGCCACAGAUCCCCAGCAGCGCGAUGUGGAAACGACUGUCUCCAAGCCUCGGAGUGCAAUUCAGUAUAACAUGCUAUACUUCAACAAGGAUGUUGAUAUGACCCGUUUGCUGGAUAGCUUCCAGAAGCUUGUUUCCGCUCACCCUAUUCUGCGGACCAUCUUCGUCAAAGAGGGUAGCCGUGUCAUGCAGGUUGUACUCAAGGACCUCAAGGCACAGAUCUCCGAGUCUACUACAGAAGAUCUCGUCUCCGAUUUCUGCAAAAAGUUAGCAAAGCAAGACAUCGAAGACGGCUCCUCAUUCAACCUCGGCACAUCAUCUCUAAAACUCUUCCUCAUCCACGGGACCGAGCAGAAAGCGCUCAUGAUCCGAAUUUCCCACGCCCAAUACGACGGAAUCUCCUUCCCAGAAAUCCUCCGCCAACUCGAGCUCCAAUACGAAAAUAAAGAACUCGAUCAACCAUCAACCCCCUUCCACAACUACAUCCAAUACCAAUCCGAUUCCAAGCUCGAAAACGUCCAAUACUGGCGCGAGGUUCUACAGGGUUCUUGGUUAACUUCCCUCCCACCCGCAGAACCCACCAGCACGCCGCAAUUCAUCAAGAAAGAAGUCGACCUCUCAUCCCGAUCUCCGGAUACAACAAUGGCAACACUCCUCACAGCGGCCUGGGCGCGCGUUCUCUCAACCCAUCUAAACACAAAAGAUAUUACAUUCGGAGGCGUCGUUUCCGGCCGAACAGUCGACCUUCCCGACGUUGAUAAGAUCAUGGGCCCGACAUACCAGUACAUGCCACUACGGGUUAAGUUCGACUCCGGAUCUAGCGUGAAGGAUCUUCUUGCUGGUGUACGGGAUCAAUUUCUUGAAGGAAGUCGUCAUGCUACGCUAGGCUUCCAAGAAAUUUCAGAUAAUUGUACCAGCUGGUCACCGACAAUCCCGUUCUUCUCAAGUAUCGUGCAUCAUCAUGAUAUUGAGUACUUUGAUACGAUUCCGUUCGCUGGGACUGAGUGUGCUGUUGAUUAUACGAAUCCCCAUCCUGAGGCUGCGGAUCCGAUCCGUGUUACUUCACAUCAAGCCUCGUCUCCUUCGAAUUCACCCGCGGCUCCCCCCCGUAAACCCAACACAUUAAUCUUCGUCGGCGGCCUAGGCGAUGGCCUAGCCUCAGUCGAAUACCUAGCCGACAUCGUCCGCGCCCUAACCGACACCAAAUGGACCGUCUUCAAUCUAAUCCUCUCCUCCUCCUACGGCGGAUGGGGCAUGGGCCGACUAGGCAAAGACAUCGACGAGAUCGCCCAAACAGUAUCCUACGUCCGCGAAUACAAGACUCCCAUCUACGGAUCCGGCAAGGUAGUCGUGAUGGGCCACUCAACCGGUUCCCAAGACGUAAUGCACUACCUCAACUGUCCGAACCCGCGACCCGCGCACCCGGUCUUCGACAAGGGCUGUGCUGGUGUGGUUCGGCCCCAGAUUGACGGGGCGAUUAUGCAAGCGCCUGUUUCUGACCGUGAGGGUAUUCUUUGGGUUAUUAAGUGCGGUACCAAGAGGGAUAGUCCUGAGGUUAUGAGGGAAUUAUAUAAUAAAGCCGUAUCUGAUGCGAGGGAGAAUACGUAUGAGGAUGAUGGGUCUGUUGAUACGGUUGUUCCGCUCUCUGUUACUGGACGCAUUGGAUACCCGUCCACGGCACCGGUUAGUAGUCGGCGGUUUUUGAGUCUCGUUAGUCCUGAUUCGCCCGGUGCGCCGGAGGAAGAUGAUUUGUUUAGCUCGGAUUUGAGUGAUGAGCAGCUUGGGAAGACAUUUGGUCAGGUUGGCGUGAGGGGAUUGUUGGGGCAUAAGUUGUUGGUUUUGUAUUCGGGUCGUGAUCAGUCUGUUCCGCCGUGGGUGAAUAAGGAGGCGCUUAUCAAGAGGUGGGAGAAGGCUAUUAAUACUGAGGGGAGGGAAUAUUGGGAUCGGAGGAGUAUGAUUAUUCCUGGUGCUUCGCAUGCGUUGAGUGAUGAUGAUCAGGCGGAGCCGAGGAGGAUUUUGGUUGAGCAGGUUACUUCUUACCUGAAGGAUAUUGAAAUUUCGUGA